GGGAUAUUUUCGGUCACACUGCACGGGAAAGCCCGGAAGCUAUGACAAGACAGCUAUAUCCUGGUCCAGUUGGAAGAAUAAAGAAAGAGAUCUCAGAUUGUGCCAAGUCUGGUUCAUGAUCGAUCACGAAAUUAGCCUCCUCUACAGUGUUCAACCAUCGAUAGGCUUUACAAAACUUCGUUGUCCGAUGCCGGUCUCGGACGAGCUUUUUUUGCUAGAAAAAGAGGAAAACUGGGCUGAUUUAGUUGAUAAAUGGUCGAAUGAAGGAUGGCCAACAACAACUUUGCACCCACCGUCUUUACCAGAAUUCUAUCGCCUGUUUCUUCGCCACGAUUUCCUACACCUCAACCUUUACGUAACUCCAUUGCAGCUACGACUCCUGCUCUGUGCCAUCCAACCCCAGGUAUCCCAGUACUCGGAGAGCUAUCGAUUUAUUCCUCUUGAGGAACGUUUUUCGUCCUCGAGUUCGGUGAGUGGGGCUGGUGAUUUCAUGCAACUUCGUCAGCUAGAAGAGCUUGAAAACAUGCUGGUGAAAUGGAAUAUCCUUGCGGAAAGAGUCUUUGCAGCUCAACCCGGAGCUGAUCUCAAAGUAUCCUGCUUAUUAAUCUCCCAAUUAAUGUGGCUCGAGCUAUAUAUUUGUUUCGACGACGUACAAUUGAUAGCAGGAAAAGAAGGGUACAAAGUUGGAAGACCAUAUCUUACGCAACUACAACAGUGGGCUCAAUCAUCCUAUGCUCGGAAGGCUAUUGCACAUGCUGGAAAUGUCAUAUGGAUUUUGCAAACUAGUGGUGAUGACUACCUGAGGCCGGUUUGGUGGCCUGUGGCCGUGUCACGGGUGGCUUUGAUAAUGUGGUGCUACAUCGUGGGUCUCUAUCUCUCUACGGGAAAUACAACUGGAAUCGACGAUGAUAUGCUGCGUAGGGCACCCUUGAUCUCAUUGAAUGAUCCUACCACGGACUUUAAUCCUCAUGGGAGAAUUCUACAACCUGGAGAGGGCAUCCCGUGCAUUCAGACCAUCUGCAAAACUUUGAUUCCACUCCACGACGUUCCUGCACUUUUCGAUUUUUACAUUGAGGUUCUCGAAGACUCCAAAAGACCAGACACACCUAUACUUCAAAGCAGCCGCCAGUUCUUGCUGGACAUCAAAGGUUGCGGAAUACCUUACGUAGGAGAUGAAAGCCUCCAGCACUGAUGAUGCUUCCGAAAGAUGGCAGGUUAG